CAGAGAGAGAGAGAGAGAGAGAGAAGGAGAAAGAGGAGGAGGAGGAGGAGAAGGAGCUGGUGGCUGGCUGUGGCUUUCCCUGGGACCAUGGCCUGCCCCCCUCCGGCUCCAUGGUGAGGCCAAAGAAGAGCCCCCUUGGGCCAGGAGACCCCCAGCAGGGGUAGGCUAAGAGGGGGGCAGCCACUUCGCCUGGGCCGCCUUCUCCUCCUCCUCCUCCUCCUCUCCUUCCUUCUGCCUCUCCUUCCCUUGGCUGGCAUUCUUUCUCAAGGGCCCCAACACCAGCCUCCUUCCCUUGCCCCCUCCAUCAAGGCUCCCCCUGGAGCUGGGUCUCCUUUGGGGAGGCUUCUGCCCUCCUUGGCUCCCCUUUGGGCCCAGGCUCUUGGGUCGGGACCCAAGGCGAAGGAAAGAGGGAUUUAGACACAAACAACGGCGGCCAUGUUGAGAGGAAUGGCAGCAGCUAAACUUCUCCCUCUUCCCAGGAUGACAGUGAAGCUGGGCGAGAGCAGCAGCAGCAGCCACACCAGCAGCACCAGCGAGGAAGAAGGGCUGAGGAAACUGGGCAAGCGAGCGGGCCAGGAGGGGUCCCUGGGCCAGGAGGGGUCCCUGGAAGAAGGGGCCGGUGAAGGAGGAGGAGGAGGAGGCCAGGCAGCCCCCAGCAACAGCACAAAGAAAGAAGAAGAGGCCACCUUUCAAAGCAGCCCUCAUGGGGAGCCCUCCUUGGCCGGGCCGGCCUUGCUCCCAGCUCCGUCCUCGGCUCAGCCUCCCCACAACCAGGACCAGCAUCAUUUCCUCAGGUCCAGCGUCAGGCCCCAAAGCAAGAGGUUCAGGAAGGAUUCCCAGGCUCCUUGUGCAGGUGGAGGAGCUGGCAGUACCGGCGGCAGCAGCAGCCACCACCACCAUCACAACAACACUAUAGCUGCAAAAGGAAAAGGUGGAGAAAAUAGUGGGGCCUCAUCUGGCAGCUCUUCAGGAAUUCUUCCCAGCACCCCAGCGAGCAGUUCAAAAUCUUCUGCAAGAAACCUGAGCUCCUCAGCUGGAGAAAAAGAGGAAGGCAAGAAGGUCAGGCGCCAAUGGGAAUCCUGGAGCACAGAGGAUAAGAAUACCUUUUUUGAGGGUCUCUAUGAGCAUGGAAAAGACUUUGAAGCAAUUCAGAACAACAUCGCCCUAAAAUAUAAGAAGAAAAGCAAGCCAGCAAGCAUGGUGAAAAACAAGGAACAGGUUCGCCACUUCUACUAUCGCACCUGGCACAAGAUUUCCAAAUACAUUGACUUUGAUAAUGUCUUUUCUCAAGGGCUGAAAAAAUCAUCCCUGGAGCUCUAUGGCUUAAUUUGUUAUGGGGAGCUAAGGAAGAAGAUUGGGGGCUGUAUGGAUGAUAAAAAUGCAGCUAAGCUCAAUGAGCUUAUCCAAGUUGGAGCUACGACUGUUCGCUACAAAGGGAGGAAUCUUCGUAUCAAAGCUCCAAUGUGCCGAGCGCUGAAGAAACUCUGUGAUCCAGAUGGCAUUAGCGACGAGGAGGAUCAAAAGCCAGUGCGUCUUCCACUCAAGGUCCCUGUAGAAUUGCAGCCACGGAAUAAUCAUGCAUGGGCCCGGGUGCAGAGUCUGGCCCAGAAUCCACGUCUCAGGAUGAUUGUGGAGCUGCAUCGUAAAGUAUCCAGCCUCAUUGAAUUCCUGAAACAGAAAUGGGCUCUUCAUGAAGUGCGCAUUCGUAAAACACUUGCAGAAAGGCAGCUACAAGACUCCAGGAACUGCGAAGCAAAUGACAGCUAUUCAGAAGAGAAGGUGAUGCUCCAUCUCUUCCCAGGCGAGAAUUGCACACUUACACCCCUCCCUGGAGUUGCCAGGGUUGUUCACUCCAAAGCUUUCUGUACUGUACACUGGCAGGAAUCUGGCAGAUGUAAGCAGAAUGCAAAGGACUCUCAUUUGCUGCCACCUGCCCAGAUUUUAGGCAUACAGAGUGGUCAGGGGACAGCCAGAGGGCAUGUGAAAUACCCACGGGGAGCAGAAGCCAAGGGUGGGACCAGAGUGGAGAGCACUACAGAAGCAAGUAGAAACACUCAGUCUACAUUGGAUGCUACUCUGAAUGCUGAAGACUGCUCCCUAGAGGCUGGGCUUCUGGAAAAAGCAUCCCCAAGUCUCAGUAUUACAAACUGUUUUGAUAAGUCACCUUCUGGACUUCAGGACCCGGGCAGAAGUCUUGAGAAAUCAGUUGCCCCCGUCCAUUGUGUCGAAGGCAAGGGGAUGUCAGUCAGUGCUUUGGCAAGUAAUUUCUCCUCUGACCAUACAAACUGUGACUGUGGCAGUCUUCCCCCCGAUAUAGAAGAGCUAUCUCUUCUUGAUCCAUUUCCCCGGUACAUGAAAUCUUGUCAGGACCUUAUUGUCCCGGAGAAGUGUCUUUGCACAGACACACUGAAUGGGAAAGAGGUUGCCUUACCAAGGAGCAAUCCUGGAAAGCUUUUGUCUGGUAUUUCAGAAGCUGGCAGCUGUAGUCCCACACAACUGGCAAGAGGCAGGAUGGCAUCACCUAGCGGGCUGUCUGUAUCUGAAACUCAGGCCUUGCACUGCUGUGUACCACAAGCAGAGACAUGUGCUAAAGAGCUACCUGAUUCAGUAACAGAGGACUCACAGGAGAAGCUUAACCCCUCACUGCCACUGCCACCAUCUCAGGAACAACUGGUUACAAAGUCUCUCAAGGAUGACCCUAGCCGCCUUGCACAGCAGGUGAGAGAAGAGGGAUGGAGCCUGCGGACCUCUGAGAGCCUUACCUUGGCUGAAGUCUACCUCAUGAUGGGCAAGCCAAACAAGUUGCAGCUGGAGUAUGAUUGGCUGGCUGUCCUUGGGCCAGAAACCCAGGAGUCCAGCGAGCAGAUGCCCAAGCCAACAUCUGUUCCUCCUCCAGCCACUUGUCACAAACAAAAGCUCCUCAGUUGCCUCUUAAAACUCAUUUCCACUGAAGUUAACCCCAAACCGACCCCUGAAAUGAACUCUGUUGCAACAUCCCCUAUCAAGCCCACUCAAGAAGAGCAUGCGCUGACCCCUCCUGGGAAGGUGAUAGCCAUCAGUACAAGGAGCCCAGGCUGUGCGCGCAAUCAGCUUGCCCUUCACAAGAAAACCUUUUCCCCCAGUGCUACUUCCAGCUCCUCAGGUUUAAGAAAUUCCUCUAGACCACUCUUGGUAGCUGAUCCUUCAAGUUCUGGAAGUGCUGAUACAGACAGAAGCCUCUUUGCUGUUCCAACCACUCUCCCACCCAACAGUAGGCAUGGGAAGCUUUUCUUACAAAGCAAAGAAGCUGAGCUAUCUUUCCGACAGCGCUUGGACACAAUCAGUAUGCAGUCUGAUUUCUUCUUGCCAAAACCAAGGAAAUUACGUAGCAGACAUCUACGGAAGCCUUUGGUAGUACAGAGAACACUGCUUCCCAGGCCUUCGGGAAAUCCCUCUCAGCACGUGUGUUCUUUCUCCAUCUUAUCCAACUCUUCUGUAACAGGUAGAGGAUCUUUCCGGCCAAUCCAGUCUUCGCUUUCAAAAGCUGCUGUGUCCCGCCCCAUUGUUCCCAAGAUUUUUCCAGCUCAAGCCACCAACCAUCUAUCUAGUGCUAUUGAUUUGGCAGCAAAAAGUGCUGGUAUUAUCCCUGGCAGUCCUUUGCCUGUUCUUGGAACUGAAGGCUUGUCAGGUGGUUCACCACUGUCUCCGGGUGCAGUGACUGCAGUGGUUGCAGGACCAGAUUCAGCAGUGGCACAUCAGAAUGGAAGUUCCAUCACUAAUAUAGCGGGUUCAAGCAGUGAAUGCCGUGUGCCAUUCCUUGGUCUAACCCCACAACCUGAGCAGGAGGCAAUCCCUGAUUCUUUUCAGGGAACUCCAGGCCUUUCUGUACCUGAACUGCCCAAACUCUCUGUCCCAAAUGGCCUCUCCACCCCUUCUCUUCCUUCUGAGGAUUCCAGUGCCUGUCUUUCUCCUCCCAAUGUGUCUGCACUACUGGAUAUCUCACUUCCCGGACCACCUGAAGAUGUGUUAUCUCAGGGAGAGCCUGUUACUCAAAUCAGUGACUCUAUCAUUGAAAUAGCUAUCAGCUCUGGUCAGUAUGGGGAAAAUGUUCCUCUGUCUCCAGCUAAGCUGAACGGCAGUGACAGCUCAAAAAGUCUUCCAUCCCCCUCCUGCAGCCCUCAGCAGAAUUGGAUUGCCUCUCCCAGCCAUGAUCCACAGUGGUACCCCAGCGAUUCCACGGAUUCUUCCCUCAGUAGCUUAUUUUCAAGCUUCCUUUCCCCAGAGAAGGGGCGAAAAAUGCUCCCAACCUCUGCCGCUAACACGAGUAGCACCACUUUAUUGGGACCUAGUCUGCUGGAUGGAAACUCACGGGACUCCUUUGUGUCUCGGUCCCUAGCAGAUGUAGCUGAGGUGGUAGAUUCCCAGCUGGCUUGCAUGAUGAAUGAGAACAGCAUCGAUUACAUAUCCCGUUUCAAUGACCUCGCCCAGGAGCUGUCGAUACCUGAGCCUGCCCGCCGAGAGAUCCUCUUCGAUGGAGGAGGGAGUGGUCCUCCCAUUGGGGACCUCUCUCAGUGAGCAUAUUAACCAGCUGGCUGGUGGAAAGGAUUGAACUGGCCAUAACCUGAAAAGGAUUGAUGUUACAGCUAUGCAGUGAUAUUUUGUUGUUGUUCUGAGAGAGCAUGCUUCGUAAGAAGAUCAGUGUUCGUCCUCACUAGCCUACAGUUCCUGGAAUGUGCAAUAUGCUAGGAACAAAACAACCGGGAGCAGUAUUGUGGAAAACGGCAUGUAAGCCGGUGGCAAGUAAAGUUUACAGAACACCUGUGGAUUUAAGCCCUGGAAUGGUUGGGGCAAGAAAUCCCACAAGCUACAUUUUUAUACACUUAGCCAAAAUCCUUGUGAUGAUAUCUGCAGUUUAAACUGGAAAGGGAGUGUAAUAGUAUGCUCUUGAUUUUUAUUCCUUUUAAAAAAAAUUUCAAUAAACUAGACAUUGGCCUCAAGGAGACAGGUCGCUUGGAGCGGCUCCUGACUGCUCCAGCCUCAAGCAUGCCCUGAGUGGCAUGGGACCACGGCAUCCAGACACUGUGGUCCUGGGGCCAGCUGUCACCCGGUCUGCAACAGGCUGUCAGCAAGAAGUGCUUUUGGGUGCUCCUUUUGCGGCCAAGUUUGGGCUGUCUUAGGUGGCCACAGCGCACCUUUAGCCUGAUCCAGGGGCUUGCAUCAUCUGAAUGCCAUGCUCCCAGAUAAGCCCAAAAGCGUCACUUUUUGCCCAUCUGUUUCAGGCCAUUGUUGACAAAUCAGUCAAUGGCUAUUACUUGUCCUGUCAAAUAACAGUUAAUUUUGCUCUGCUUUUACCAGAUUUAUUUUUCACUUGCCUCACAUUCACUAACAUUCCAGUUUGGCAUGAAAAGCCUCAUAGGUUGUUUUUAAAAAAAAAAAACAUUAAAAAGCAGGAGUAGGAUCUGAGGGUCUUACACGCACACCUCUCCUCUCAGCUAGGAUUCCUCUGACUAAACUAACAUGCUUUUUGCUUGUGCUUUUCCAGAAAGCCCUUAUCGUUUCAAUGAUUAGCUUACCUCCAAAGAUCUAUAUUCCAUUUUUCUCUUAAGGGCUAAACACUUGUUGAAGGGGCUCUAACUGCAUUCCCAAUUAAACAUUUUAAAUUUGUAUUUUCCUCUUUCCCUUUAAGUGCUCACUUCAUUUUAUUUAAGAAUUCUGCUGAGAAUGAAAUCAAUUGGAGCGCUCUUUUCUCUGGCAGUGAAGAAGUAAUGCUUAGAUCAUGUCUUGCAGAUGUAGUGAAGUGGGGAUAGAAUAUAAUUUACCUGCUUUUUUCUUGUUGCAUUCUUGGUAAAUUUGAAACUUGACUCUCAGCUCAUUGAGCUGCUUCAUUGGGAACAAAAUGACCUUCAUUAGGUCUUCAUGCAUUUGACUGAUAGAACUCAAGUAUGUAGAGAGCGAUCGAUCAAUUAAACCUUAUUUUUGCACUCCUGUUUUCCCACUUCUCUGUCCUUGAAAUACAGAAGAAUCUCUUUACACUCAGUAUCUCGCCUGUAAAGUGGACUGGAUUCCUGUGUCAGCAUUUCAAAUUCUUGAGCACCUUCAAGCAGGACUGAAUAAAAAUUACUACUUCUGGGUAAUAUCAACACUUGCAGGAACUUUGCUUUCUAAGCAAGCCCUGUUUUCUGAUAAUUCCCUCAUUUGUCGCUCAGUCUUUCUUUCAAGUAUUGGUUUACAAAGGUGAUUUUGGAAUCGCAACCCAUAAAAGCUGAGUGGUUUCACCAGAAUGUCUAAAUCAAAGAGACAAAAGCAUUGCUAGGCACUGGUAGCUCCCCGCUUUUGUAGAAUCUGUCUCCUUCUUUGAUACUUUUCUAAAUACAUCUCACCUUCAGGGGCAAUCAUAUUGUUUCAGAACACCAAAGCUUCUUUUAGUUUUGAAUGCAAAUUAUUUUUAAAGUUGUAUCCUUUCUUAAAUGGCUGAGUCACUUGCUUGCCACUGAAAUAAGAAGUUAUACAUAACUGAGAUUUCAUAGCAGACAGUGGAUGGAGAAACAGAAGUGGCAGAAGCUACGAAUCAUGUACACCUCUAUGGAAUUGCUUUAGUAUGGUCCUCCUCUGUCAUUCUUAUUCUCUUUUCACGGCGUGCCGUCUUUUCAAGAAUUCUGCCAUGAUUUACAAGAGUCAUACGCUGUCUUAUUUCAGGCCAAAAUCUUCCCUUACAGUCCUUGAUGCUUAUCAAAAUAAUGGUCCAGCAAUUCUGAUCUCCCCUGUUGAGCACUUAUGCGCUUGGGCUUCCUUGUUCUCAAAGAGAAUGUGUUCUAUGUUCAGUGAGGCAUCCUCAGGUGUGUGUGUGUGUGUGUUUGGAUAUCUUUUCAUAAUAGAAGAAAAUUAGAAGCUAUACUAGUCGACUGGUGGCUUUGGUUGUUUAUUUAAUGGCCUAGACGCUUACAGUGCCAAAUGUAUUUAUCCUCCUCAUCUCCAGUUUUUGCACUGAGUACUUUCUGGGUACUUUACUUUUCAGACAAGAGUACUUUCUGAUCAUUGUCUCCAGGAACACUGUAGUUGUGUCAUCCACAUAAGGCCUUUGUUCAACACUAUAUUUUG